AAAAAAACACAGCCUGCUCGAGCGCGCUCUCUCAAAAAAUAGAAAAACGACCGACGGUUAAAAAUAAUGAUGAAUUGCAAUACAAUUAUUGCUAUUAUUCCUAUUCUCAAGGUAUUAAUGUAUUUUUUAUUUUCAUUUGACGUUGUUUUCAAUCGGUGAAAUGCAGCCAGUACGGUUAGAGAGCACUGCUCCCCCUCCCCCGCUUCCCACAGACACCAUUGCACAGAUAGGGAGAGAGGGAGGGGGAAGGAGAGAGAGGAGAGGGAGAGAGAGAGCGAUAGUCAGCACCCGUGAGAGGGGAACAAGAUUCAGCCGCGCGGAGAGAGAAGAGAAAAAAGCAGUAGCCAAACGAACAAAGGAAAACAUGGAUGUAACGGAAAAACGCUAUUUAAAACAAGCACAUGUACCGGAGAGGAUGCUUUGGUCGUCCUGCACAUAGUAGGGGGUAACUCAAGGACUCUUCCCCCCGUUUUUAAUGUUGCGCGUGGGGACGCAUGGAAAGCUUUCUCUAAUCCGUCUGCGGAUCCUGCCUGCUUGCAAUGGCUGUGGCGGUGCGAUGCUGUUACAGCAUAACUCAGAAUGUGCCUUUUACUUUUUAUUUGGUAAUUUUUGUACUCAGUGGCCUUACAAAUGCACAAAUACGAUACACCAUUCCGGAGGAGCUAGAGAAUGGGGCUGUGGUCGGCGACAUUGUUCGCGAUUUGGGUCUGGACCUGCAAAAGCUCUCCUCCCGACGCGUCAGAAUCACGUCGGACAGCGCACGGAGAUAUUUCAACAUAAAUCAUAAAAAUGGCAAGCUGUCGGUAAGUGACCGCAUCGACCGGGAGACGCUGUGUGAAUUCAGUGGCACCUGUUUGCUCAACCUAGAAGUGGGGGUUGAGAACCCGCUCGAGGUGCAUAAUGUGGAGGUGGAGAUUCUGGAUGCGAAUGACAACUCGCCACAGUUCCCCCGGGACGAGUACCAGCUGGAAAUCUCAGAGUCCGUCAUAACUGGGUCCCGGUUCCCCAUCGAGGGCGCACAGGAUGCAGACGAAGGCUCCAACUCAGUUCGCCUCUACCGGCUCAGCAACAAUGAGCACCUCGCGCUGGACUCCAACAAGCCUGCGACAAAUAGCAAGAACAUCCAGCUCGUGCUCAAAAAGCCAUUUGACCGUGAGCAUACACCAUCUCAUCAGUUGAUACUGACUGCUGUCGAUGGAGGCACUCCGGCGCGCACAGGUACAGCCAAAAUCAACGUGCGUGUCCUGGAUUCCAACGACAACGUGCCUGUGUUCGACAACUCUGUGUACAAAGUGAAACUUUCGGAGAACUCGCCCAAGGGCGCUCUAGUGAUAAAGUUAAACGCCACAGACCGGGAUGAAGGCACAAACGGGGAGGUGUUUUACUCUUUUAGCAGUUACACCCCAGAGAGGGUGAGACAAAUGUUCUCCAUGGACACAGAUACAGGAGAGAUCAGAGUGAAGAAAAACAUAGACUAUGAGGAGACUAACUCCUAUGAGAUGUACAUACAAGCUAUGGACAGGGGUCCUUCUGCAGUGGUAGUCCACUGUAAAGUGGUGGUGGAGGUUUUGGAUGUGAACGACAACAUUCCUGAAAUCGUGCUGUCAUCUCUUUCCAGCCCGGUCCGGGAGGAUGCACGGGCUGACACCGUGGUGGCUCUGAUCAGUCUUAACGACCGGGACUCCGCCCAGAACAAACAGGUGACCCUGGAGAUCCAACCUGGUGUCCCCUUUAAGAUCAAGUCCUUCCGGAACCACUACACCUUGGUCACCGCUGCAUUCCUGGACCGAGAGACCAUCUCCACCUACAACGUCACAGUAACCGCCAUCGAUGGGGGAACCCCAGCACUGUCUUCACACAUGUCCAUUAAAGUUGACGUGGCCGAUGUCAAUGACAACCCUCCCCGCUUCGAACAGACUUCCUACACAGUGUACAUGACGGAGAAUAAUGCACCUGGCGCAUCGAUGUGCGUUGUAAAGGCAAUGGAUGCAGACGCUGGGGAGAACGCUCGCAUCACCUACACCGUCCUCAAUGACAACAACCACGGCAUCCCUGUGGCGAGCUACGUCAGCAUCAAACCCGACACGGGAGAGGCCUAUGCCCUGCGAGCCUUCGACUUCGAGAAGCUCCGUGAGUUCCACUUCCAGGUGAAAGCCCAGGAUGGUGGUGUGCCGCCCCUCAGCCGCGUAGCAACAGUCUACGUUUACAUCAUGGACCAGAACGACCACUCCCCCAGGGUAGUCCAUCCUCCAGCCAAUGGGACGCGGACCACCGAGACGCUGAUGAAGAAUGCAGAGGCGGGGGCUCUGGUGACCAAGGUGGUGGCGUGGGACGGGGACGCAGGUCAGAACGCCUGGCUGGUGUACGCCCUGGAGCAGACCACCUCCGAGCUGGACCUGUUUAAAGUCCACGAGCACACGGGGGAGAUCCGCACCAUGCGGCGUGUCAGCGAGGACAACUCCACCUCCUUCCUGCUGACCGUUCUAGUCCGUGACCAUGGCCUCCCGCCGCUUUCCUCCACCGCCACCAUCAAUGUGCACGUCAUGGAGCUGCCACCCAAGCUGACCCCUGACCCCAAACGCAUCAUCAGGCCUCACAGCCCGCUGCUGUUCUCCAACGUAACCCUCUACCUGAUCGUGGCCCUGAGCGCCACCACCUUUGUGUUCCUUGUCACCAUUGUGGUGCUGGCCAUCGUCCGCUGCCACGCCUACUGCACCCAGCCCGGCUCCUGCUCACCCUGCUGUGUGUCCCAAAAGAGUGUCCCCGAGGGGGGCACCUCGGCUGGUGGGGGUGGAGGGUCAUUGGGUCGAGGUGGUGGUGGUGGGGGAGGUGGAGGAGGUCAGGGUCAACCCAACAACAACGUUGCUCUGCGGAGGGACCUGAAGGUUGAACCUCACUACAUCGAGGUGCGGGGGAACGGCUCCAUGACCAAAACGUACUGCUAUAAGACAUGUAUGACGGCCACGUCGGGGAGCGACACCUUUAUGUUCUAUAACACAGGCCGGCCCCACAGCGGCACCUGGAGCUCCGGGGGAUACGUCACCAGCCAGAGUGGACAGAGCCAGAUGUUUGUGCGCAGGCUGAGCAUGCCAGAUGCAACCGCCAUACAGCCCAAGGUGCCGAAUUCAGACUGGCGUUACUCUGCCUCACUUAGGACUGGGAUGCAGAGCUCAGUGCACAUGGAGGAGUCGUCGGUGAUGCAGGGAGCCCAGGGGGUUCUGGUCCAGAACUGGCCGACCGUGUCUAGCGCCACCGGAGAUGCUGAGGGUGGAGAGACGUCCCCGCCCAUGGGAGCCGGAGUGGAUAGUAACAGCUGGCACUUCCGUUACGGUGCAGGCGGUCCCGGUGGGCCCCCCCAGCACCUGAAGCCUGGCGAGGUCCCCCCCGAAGCCUUCAUCAUCCCCGGAUCCCCCGCAAUCAUCUCAAUCCGCCAGCAGGGAGGAGAGGACGACAAGAGCGACUUCAUCACUUUCGGAAAGAAGGAGGAGGCCAAGAAGAAGAAGAAGAAGAAGAAGGAGAAGAAGGAUAAGAAGGAUAAGGGGAAGGAUGAUGACGAGUAGCGGAGGCGGAGGAAGAGGAAGAGAAGGAAAGGGAGCUGUUAAAACAGAGGUAGCAACCAAAGUCCACCUGGUAACAAAAAUACAAGUAUUUGAGACAACAGGUGAAAAGAGAGAUCCCCAGUUCAACUUCAUCAUCUCUGGCUCAGUAACACAGACAGGCAGACAAAGUCACACUGCCGUCCUCCGCUCAAUACCCACCCCUGGAACAAAGAUAAUAGCCCAGGUCUUUCUAACUCUCUCUGAUAAUAAUCUGGCUUUACCAAGAUUACUGUAGUUUAACGUCUCCUCCAAAUCCCUGUCUUGGGUGAUUGCUUAAUAAUCAUGCCUUGAUGAGAAAAAAAUGUAUUGAUGCAUUUUCCUCCAUGCCCCCUGGUGCCUGCCUAUACACCCUGAGCCAAAUAAUACCCUCCCACUCUUCUCAGCAAGGGAACAAGAGCUACUGUCUCCCCUUGCCCUCUGCUUUUCACCUUCUCUCCCACGGAUACGUUGGCACCUCGGUAUUACCCUUUCCCACCAUGUUGUAUAAUCUCUUUUCUUUGAAAGGAAAAUAAAAUCUGAGGAUGAGAAGAAAACAGCUCUGUGCCAGCCUCGGAAAAAUAACAAAAAAAGCAAAUGUCAAGAAGAAGAAAAGAAAGUCAAUCGAAGACACAGACAGCGCUAGAUGUUUAGAGCUGGACACUCACACUUGUAAAUAGCACAGGAGAGAGUCGCUAAAGCUGAGGCUAAAGGCUAACAUGACACUGCUGCUGCAGCUUCCUAUCGCGUUCUCUAUCUGUCAGUGUUCCCUGAGCCGGCAAGGAAAACAUGGCUGUCAAUCAUACACACAUACACGUUGACACACACACACUCACAAACAUGGACACUGAGAACACCUGAGACCUGGAGAGAGGUACAAAAUCUAGGAGCUGCCAACAAACAACAGCGAACAAAUAACAAUAUGUUUAAUACAAAACGCAAGCUUUUCCCCCAGCAGUACAGUCUCCUUAGCAGUACACACGUGUACUGUAGAUCUAGCCUCUCAGGAUCGACACAGCUGCAUCCCCUGCAAUAACUCCUGGUUGGUCUGCUCAAUACUCUGUUCUGGGACAAUGAGAUCUCUCUCUCUCUCUCUCUCACAGCAGCCAACAGCUCAAUGAGAUCCCUCUCUCUCAAAACAGCCAACAGCUCAAUGAGAUCCCUCUCUCUCAAAACAGCCAACAGCUCAAUGAGAUCCCUGUCUCUUAAAACAGCCAACAGCUCAAUGAGAUCCCUGUCUCUCAAAACAGCCAACAGCUCAAUGAGAUCCCUGUCUCUCAAAGCAGCCAACAGCUCAAGGAGAUCCCUCUCUGUCAAAGCAGCCAACAGCUCAAUGAGAUCCCUCUCUCUCAAAGGAGCCAACAGCUCAAUGAAAUCCCUCUCUCUCAAAGGAGCCAACAGCUCAAUGCGAAGACAGAGAAAGAGGGAAUGAGAGAAAGGAGGAACACUUCAGAUUAUCUUGAGAACGAAAGAGACGAGUCCAGCUGAGUUGGCCUGUGAUCCAGCUUGUUGAUCAGGGCUCAGUUGGAACCUUGUUGAAUAGCAGGAGUGUCUCUAGCUAAAGAUGAUCUCUCCCCUGCCACUCAGCAAAAGCCUGAUGCUUUCUGCUCUGAAUGUUUGGUAGCAACCAUCCUUUACCUGAUACCCAACCUGAUCUCUAUCCUCCCCACUCCCCUGAGCUUUCCACCCUCAACCCCACACCACCCCUCCCUUACCCCAACCACAGACUGCUUCUUCACGUGAUGAUGAUGAUGAUGACAUUUGUGAAUCUUUUUCUCUUUUUAUUUGUUCUUGGAGAAGAGCCACGAUUUCCUUCUCUGUUUUGUUAGCUUUAACUGAUCUGCAGUGCUUCUUCUUGUCCCCCCCUGCCCUUCAUCUCUCUCUUUUUCUGGCCAUAGACCCCCCCUCUAACCCCCUGUUCAUUCAGGGUGAACUGGGAAGGCCUACUCUGAACCUUGUGGUGUGCUGGGAUCAGUAAUAUGUGUGAGGCCUGUAGAACCCAGUCGGUGCCGGUGGUCCAGUACUCUGUUAGCCAAUGUCAGAUGCCUCUAAGUGCAAAACGGUUGAGUGCUUUUAACUUGUGAAUACUAUGCUGUUCAUUCCUGUUUGUGGUCACUGGCGAGAGGGGACGAGGUGGGAUGGGGACAGGGAUGGAGGUCUGGGGCAUGGUGCUGAGGGCUAUCCCUGUCCUCCAUGUUCCUGGGUAAACAUAUAUGAAAACAGUAGGCCACCCAUUGGCUUUUAUGUACACGAUAAAUGUAGAUUUAGACUUGCUUUUCAUACAUGGACUUUGCAUUAAUAAAUGCGAUGUGUAACCUGAUUAUUACAUUAUUAAUGACUAAAUACGAGCAUCUAAGGAUUCCUACCCCACAGCUCUAUCCCACCAAUCCUCUUUCAGGAGGUUUUGUGAAGGGGUGGAGACAUGCUUCAGCCCUGCUUCUAUUGGUUCCUCCUUCCCUUGCCUGUAAGUUGUUGCCACACCCCCCAAGUUCUGCAGCUCAGUAUGACUUCACUCCACUAAAGUGGCUGCUGCAUGUAAGUCCCAAACGAAACAUAGUAUAUAGAGAAAUAUAUAUAUAUAGAAAUAGAUGGUUAUGAUUUUAUUAUUUUGUAUUAUCAUUUUACUUCAUGACUCGCAAAGGAGAUAUUUGUGUGUACCGUCUCUACCAUGCAUCUUGUGCAUAUAACAUCCUACACACUCCACAGUGGUGUUAUACGUUAACGUAACCUCUUAGAUAUUUGUAAAUGCUAUAGUGUGAUGGCCUUGAAUGCAACUCUGUUCAUUUUGUUUUACCAAAAUAUAAUUUUCGUUUUUGAGAACAAGCAAAGAAAAGGAAACAAAAAAAUAAAUAAAUAAUAUUAUAAUAAUACGUUUUGUGUCCGGCUUUGACAUGAUGCUCUACCUAACACUAAUAUUGUAAUUGAAAUAUGUAUGAUCCUGUGAUGAGCUAUAUUUUCCCUUCCACCCCCUUUCAACAGAUAAAAUGUUAAAAAAAUGACAGAAAAAAAGUCCAAUGUAAAAAUGGUAUAUGUAGUGUAUGCUUGUGUUUAGUGAGCGUUCACGCUGUCAUUCUUUAGUUAGAGUACGGUGGUGAACAAUGGUGGUGCUGUCCUGGUCGACUGGGCAGUACUGAUCUGUUGUAAAACCUUUUUUUUGUACACCUGCUCAUCUACUAUGACUGUAAAAUUGUGAAAUUGCAUUUCUUUCCGUUUUUUUAUUUGCCCUAAAUGGAUACAGUGGUAAUGUGUUUUGUUUAUAAAUCACUCAAUAAAGUUUUCUUUCAUAAAAAUGAGA